AUGGAAAAAUCUGAUACGCCUUUAGAAAUAAAAAAGAAAUAGCUCGUUAUUAACCUUCAAACACCUUAGAGCAAGUCUUAAGUAAAUUUAGUCUCACCUCAUGGAUCUGAGCUAUCCCAUAAUAGUCAAGCAUUUUAUUCAAAACCUUCUGCUUUUAUAACUUCAAAAGACAUUAAUUAAGCAAUUAGCGAUUUAAGCAAAAAUAUAAAAGAGGGUAAAUAUCACAGAGCCAUUUUGAGAAUGCAUAAGCUUUUAAGUCCUAAUUCUUCAUUGUCUUUCGCUCCUUAUCAAUAAAUUAAGCUUUAUAGAAGAUAUUUUGAAUGCUUUAGAAAACUUACUAAGAGAUAUUUUUCUCAAGUUGGAAUGACUAAGUCUCAACUUUCUAACAUGGAAAAAAUGUGUGAAAGAGGAACUUAUCUUUUGGAUAAUUGGUAUAACGUAUUAAAUGACUUGAUUGCCUAGAAAAACGAAGUUUAACAAGAGUCUUUUGAUGAAACCUUGGAUAAUAAUGCAUUACAAGCGACUGAUAGAUCAUAUAAUACCUUUUCUUAAAUAAACAGCUUAAGAAAUUUAGAAUAAUAGGCAAUAAUGUAAGUUUAAAACGAAAAGCGUUUAGCAUAAAACCCAACUGACCAUCCUACCUCUACAAUAGCUCUUUCGUAAAAAAAGAAUUCUUUAAAUAGAAUUAGAGAAGUUGAUGAUGAAGAAUCUGAUGCAAACAGUCCUAAUGGAUCUAUUGUAAAAAUUAGAGAUUUGUCUCCAGAACACAAUCAAAAAUUGAUUUAAGAAAAAAUGGAAAGAAUAUUUGAAAAGAAACAAAACCUUAAAAUUUUAAAGCAAAUUAAUUUCCAUUUCAGCGAAUUCUUUAAGGCGAAUUUUUUAACUAUCUAAGUUUGGGUUAAAUAUGGUAAAAAGACAGAAAACCAUUCUAUAUAUUCCUCUGCUUUGUUUAAAGCUACUCAACUUAUAGAUAAAUUAGAGCUAACUAAAGAUCAAGAUUUGAUCCAUUGCUUUGCUAAAGUCUAUAUAGAAAUAGGAAAUUGCUAUUUAUAGCAAGGAUCUAUGAAGGAGUGUGUUAAAAAUUAUGAAAAGGGACUACAAUUUCUCCAAAAAGAGAUGCUUAUGAGAAGUAGUGGAGAAAAUAUACAAAAACUGUUAAAGAUGAGUGUAAAAAAUAGAAAGAAAGAAUAAGAUAAGCUUCAGGAUAAUCUAUUGGCUACAGUAUGUCUAUUGUACAAUAUCAGUAUAGCUGAAGAGUACUAGGAAAAUAUUUCUAGGGUUUUAGAAUCUUUGAAUUUAGCUGAAUGGUUGUCAUCAAUUUAUUUGAAUGGCUUUUCAGAAAUUCAAGACUUAAUUUUUAAAGCAAACGAUGAAGCUAAGUCAAAAUAUAAAGUUUUAGUUAUUGAAGAAGGAGAGAUUCAUAUUAUAAUGGAUGAAGCUCUGGGAAUAAGAGAAUAAAAAAGAAAGACAAACGAGUUAAAUUAAAGUGAGAAAGAAGAUUUUUAUUCUUAUUACAGUUAAAUAUUAUAUGAUAAGUAUAAUAUCAAAGAAUUAAACUAAUCACUGUUUAUUACUGUUCCUAAGCAAUAAAAUUUUUUAAAUAUGACUACAUCUAUUGUUUCCGAAAUAAAUUAGGGUAAUCAAAAUGGCAGUUUCACAAAUUUUCCUUCUGCUAUAAAUAACUCUUAGAACUUACCUCUUAAAGUUAGUGCGUUUCAUAAUAGCAACAACAAUAGCAACAUCGUAUCAAAUAACAAUAUAUAAAUGGCUAAAAAGAAUAUCUCUGUAAAUUCUAGCAGUAGCUUAAAUUAGUAGGGAAGUACUAUGAUAUCAAGUAAUAUAAAGUCUAGAUAGUUCAUUCUAGAUGAAACUCCUAAUAAAUAUAAAAUUGAUCCUUAAUAUAAAACAAACAAUCCUAGAAUUAGAGAGUUUAAUUCUACAGGAAGUAAGAGAAAUACUACUUUGUCUUUAAUACAUAAUACAUACACACCUUAAAAUUAAAACCAAAAUAUGUCAAUGUUAAAUUUAAACUAAAGUCAGAAGUAGUCAAGGGCAAGCAUAAGCCACUCUCAUAGGACCUCAAAUUAAAAUGGACUUUCAAGUAUAAACUCUUCUCCAUAAUAACAAUACUAAUUUGUUCCUUUUGAUCUGCAAUAGAAGUUGCAAUCAGAGAAUAACAUCACUAAAUCUGAAAUAUUAAGAAAUGUAGAUGUUACUUAUACUCCAAACCAUAAGAGAGAAAGAGUUCAUUAAGUUCGUUCAAUGACAGCCAUAGGUAUUGUAACUACUCCUUAAUCUAUAAAACACUCUCCAACUAAAUAAGAAGCUAGGAGAACAACUCCCUAACCAUAUUAACCAAAGUUACUAACAACAAGCAAAUAUUUUAAUGAAAGUAACAUGAUUUAUUACAGUUAAUUGGAAAACAAAGAAUAGCUAUUAGAUAAAUAAAAAACUGAUGAGGAAAAAAAAUAAUAAGUUAGAAACUAGCUUUAUCAUUAACCUCAGAUUGUUUAAAAUCUUGACUACUACUUUAGAGACAAAAUAAAUGAAAAAUUUUAAUAAUAAAAUGAGAGAAAAGGAAUUAAUUUGGAAUACGAAUUUGUUUAAAAGGGAAUAAAUAUUGUUAUGAAGGAAGAAAAUUUUGAUAAAGAUGAGUUUUCAAAUGCAUUUAAACUGUUGAAGUUGAAAAAAUAAAAGUAAAAGCUUCGUGAGGGAGAAGAGGCUUUCGAUAAAAAAGAACCACACGAGAUUAAGAUUACGACCAACUAAUUCUUGUAAAAUGAAAUAGAUUACUAUGAAAUGAAGCAAAAUUUGAAGUAAGAAUUAACAAAUUAGAAGGCUGCUUAAAAAGAACUUGAAAAUCAGAGACUUGCCAAGAAUUUAAUUAAAGAAGAUGAUACAGAAGAUAAUAAAAUUAACUUGAGAUAGGUUUUAGUUAACAAGAAGAACUCAGUUGUGAGCUUAAAAAAUGUUAAAGAAGCUUUAUCUAGAAAUGGAGGUUCUGAUAGCAAAACCUCCCAUAUAACUUCAAUUAAAUCUAAAAUUGGCUUAUCUAGAGUAGAUCUUGAAAAGCAACAAGGAUUAACUCCUUAAUAAAUUGCUAAAAAAGCUAUUAAUGCUGAAAUAGAAUAAAUUGAUAAUAAAAUGAGAAGUGAGAAAAAGGAAAUCAACGAAUUAUCCACUCCUUUUGAAAGAAGAUUUGUGAAUGAAGAAAAUCUAAACAAAGGAAAUGCAAGCCCAUACUUUACUAGAAAUAAUUCACUUUAAAACAGUCCUCAGAAUAAAAAUAUCAGCUAAAAUUAAUCUUAUUAGCAUAGCAGGUAAAUAUUGUUUGUAUAAAAGAGACUUAAUAAAUUACUAAAUAAAAAAUAUUUUAAUUAAUUUUUUUAAAUUUAAUAAUUGUUUUUGAAAAUAAGAUCAAAUAGCAGAAGUAGAAAGUUGAAGUUUUUAGAUAAUUACUAAGACAUUUCAAAAAGUACACAGCUAAUUUCUGUCAAGAGAGAUGUGAAAAAGGCUACAACUUUUAUAGAUUUAGCUUUUGGGUCUUAUAAAUUACAGAAACUUGGUAUGGAGAGAAACAAACUAUCAAGUUAAGAUGGUACAGGAUCGAAAUAACCUUCGCCUGCUUCAAAAAUUGCUCAAACACUGCACAAAUCGUUGAGAAAAUUAAUGAAAUUGAAAACAUCUGAGUUGUAAGACUAAAAAAGCAAUUGA